AUGUGCGAAUUCCUGAAGAGUGAGGGCGUGGGAUUCUUGAAGGAAGACCUCUCCCACGUUGCUAAUCUUUGGAAGACGUUCAAGGCACAGAAGACCCUUCUCUGCCUGUGCGUACUCAUGGCGCAACGCCAUGAGGAACUCGCUGAUGAGAUCGGCACCUUUGCCACGGUGACCCUCUAUGUGAUGAAGACCAUCAUUGACGCCUGUGACCAGAUGCUCAUCCGUCGCAAGUAUGGCGAGGAGACGCUACAACAGUUCAAUGCGCUCCCCGGCUCAUCACUACAUGGAGAAUGGCGCACCUGCCUCAUGGACGCCAUCAUGCUCGCCAAGGUGGCUGUGAAAACCUCCAACUCCAAGCGUGGCUCAGGAAUGGGCCAGGCACAACACUGA